AUUUUUUAUUUUAUAGCAAUGGCAACAACCGAAGCAGGACAACCACCACCAUAUUCUAAUGUGUGGACACUCUAUUGUCUAACUGAUUUGAAUCAACAAGGUCGAAAGUCACCACCACCCCUUCCUCCUGCUGGAACUGGUGCUCCUUAUCCCCAAGCAACCCUCUAUAUAUCUAGUGGGAAGGAACAACAGCCGUUCCUACAACAGCAGCUGCCACCACAAGGUCCACCGCCACAAGUAUCCUCUCCAACUUAUGUGAUGGAAGAAGGCAAGAGGGGAAAUGCACCACCCUUCAUUUUAGUGGGCUCUACUGUUCAGAAUGUACAGGACUGGAAAUCUAUUCCUGGCCAUGCUGUUCUUGCACAGCAUGAGACAAGUGCUGUGAGGAGAUUCACUACCGUACCCAUACCAGUUGCCAGACCAGCAGAUCUGAAAAUGGCCACUCCAAGCCCCAAUUCUAAUUCUGCACAAGAAACUGCUAGACCACCAACCCCAGUUUUUCUUUCAGUUGCCAUCCCCUUGGAUGAUGUAAUGGCUGCAAAGAGAGGUGCAGCUGGUGACAAACAAACAGGCAUAAAUCCCUUUGCAGGAAGCUAUGGUAUAGCAGGCGAGAUUACAUUUACUUCUGGCCCGGUCCGCAGAGCAGACUCAUAAGGUAGGCAGCUUCAUGUCAAUGUGCAUAGCUGAAGUUUUGCUUUACAUUCAGAUUUAUGGCAAGGCUGAUUUUGAACACAGCCUGGAAUUUAGAGGUGCUGACGACAUAACUUCCUCUGAACCUAAAGUGCCUUGAGUGACAGCUGAAACCACACAACAUAUUUGAUUUGAAGCCUGCUUAACACUGGUUGGGGACAUUGAUUCCUCUUCCCAUUCCCUUAGCCCAUGAUGCUUCACAAGGUUGGAGCUAGUGUAUCUGACAUACAGUGCAAGUGCAGAGGGAGGUUCAGUACAUUUUGAUUUUAGAUAA